CGAGGCCCCGCCCCGCGCCAGGUCGCGUCCCGCUUCCGCCUGGCGGUCCGGGUCAGUGUCCCGCGGCUGCAAGGUGGAUGAGGCCAGUGAGACUCAUGAAGGUGUUCGUCACCCGCAGGAUCCCCCCCGAGGGCCGGGCCGCGCUCGCCCGGGCUGCGGACUGUGAGGUGGAGCAGUGGGAUUCAGACGAGCCAAUCCCUGCCAAGGAGUUGGAGCGAGGUGUGGCCGGGGCCCACGGCCUCCUCUGCCUCCUCUCGGACCAUGUGGACAAGAGGCUCCUGGACGCCGCAGGAGCCAAUCUCAAAGUCAUCAGCACAAUGUCCGUGGGCGUUGACCAUUUGGCUUUGGAGGAGAUCAAGAAGCGCGGCAUCCGUGUGGGCUACACCCCAGAUGUCCUGACCGACGCCACGGCAGAACUCGCCAUGUCCCUGCUGCUCACCACCUGUCGCCGCUUGCCAGAGGCCAUCGAGGAAGUGAGGAACGGUGGCUGGACCUCGUGGAAGCCCCUGUGGAUGUGUGGCUAUGGACUCACACAGAGCACCGUCGGCAUCAUCGGGCUGGGGCGCAUAGGCCAGGCCAUUGCUCGGCGUCUGAAGCCAUUUGGCAUCCAGAGAUUUCUAUACACGGGCCGCCAGCCCAGGCCUCAGGAAGCAGCAGAAUUCCAGGCAGAGUUUGUGUCCACCCCCAAGCUGGCCGCCGAGUCCGACUUCAUCAUCGUGGCCUGCUCCUUAACACCUGCAACCAAGGGGCUCUGCAACAAGGACUUCUUCCAGCAGAUGAAAACCACGGCUGUGUUUAUCAACAUAAGCAGGGGAGAUGUGGUAAACCAGGAUGACCUGUACGAGGCCUUGGCUAGUGGGCAGAUCGCAGCUGCUGGACUGGACGUGACGACCCCGGAACCGCUGCCUACAAACCACCCGCUCCUGACCCUGAAGAACUGUGUGAUCCUGCCCCACAUUGGCAGCGCCACCUAUGGAACCCGAAACACCAUGUCCUUAUUGGCAGCUAACAACUUGCUGGCUGGCCUGAGGGGGGAGCCGAUGCCCAGUGAACUCAAGCUGUAGCCAGACAGGAGCUGCUGAGGGUCAGGAGGCCCACAGAGCCCUCGGAGUCUGUCAGGGAGCACGGGCUUGAUUUGGACCCACCGGAUGGGAGCCAAGGAAAAAAAGUCUCUGUUCUGAUCCUACAGAAAGAAGACUGGUGCUGAUACAGGGGCUUGCCGCAUUUGUGGUUGGAAAUACCUGAGCCAAAAGUAUGUGAUACUAUUAAAUAUCUUCCUGAGAGACUGUGUGGGACCUGUAACUAGGAGAAGUUAACAGGGGCAUCUGGUGACCUGAGGGUUCUGUUCCGUCCCCGGCCCUCACCCCCCAGCAUGUGAAUUAUGAGAACCUGUCCAGACUACCUUACCUCAACCCCUUAACCUAUCCCUCACUGAGGAUGGGACAGCCAAAGCCCAGUGGUGACCGUGGCACUUAAAUCUGCUACCUAGACCAUCAGAUUAAAUAUACAUGGCAAAGAGAA